CUCUCUGACAAGAACGCCAUCUACUUUUCUGCGAAACAAAAAUAAAGCUAAAAAUUAUAGUUUUCCUACAUUUCCAAGAGUUUUCCAUCAAGAAUAUCCGGGGAAACAUUCAGGAAAAUGGCUAAGAAGCCAGAGGAGAUGGAUUACCUCGCGCUCUAUGAGCUUCUAAUGGAUAAAAAUAUUGAGCAUCAAACUUUUGAGGUAAUUUGCUCAACAAUACAGAAGAAAUUCUCUAAAGGAGACUUCCUGACUGUGGGAACUCUCCUGACAAUUCUCAUCCGGCAGGGAGAUCUCGCUGGGAUCAUUCAAAGGCUCAGUGGCUACUACUUGUUGCUGGAUCUCUUCAAGGGUGAUGGUCAGAAUGAAAGUCCCUUCCUGGGCUUCCUUCUGGCGCAGUAUGAGUCAAAGGACACAGCCCUGACAAAGCUUAAUGUGAUUGAGAGGAACUUCCUGGGGCAGCUUCUCACAUCUGGAACCAAGGAGUUGAGUAAGCAGACUCCCCAGCAAAUAAUCCAGGGAGAUCACUUUCCUGUCACACAAGAUGUCUCGCAUGCGCGUCAUCAAGUGCACGAGAAGGAGAAAGAACUGCCGGUUGCGGUAAAGGCGAGCUUACCAAAUAUUCUUUCUGCUCCAGCUGCAGCGAAUCCAGAGAGUGACACUUCUGUGCGGGAUCUCCUGGAGAGUUUUCUGAAGCCUGAUACCCCGCUGAAAAAUGGCAUAGCGCCGAAAUUUAUGACAUUGGCACCUCCACUGCUGCCGUGCGAUGAUGAAUUAGUUUGGUUCGAUGCAACAAAUCCCGCCUGGCAUCGUCCAAUCUACGACAUCACCAUGUGCUCCUCGACAAAUCUCUGCUGGGAAGUCAAGCGUCUCCUUGCACAGGCCUACAAGCAGGCACUAACCAUUCCGGAUCAGCAGAGAUUGUCCAGCGCCCUCGAAAGGGAUCCCAACAUUGUCUACCAUAUUGGCCUGACGCCGGCUCAGCUGCCAAAUCUUGUGGAAUUCAAUCCAAUGGUGGCCAUUGAGAUUCUCCUGAAGCUCAUGAACUCCACACAAAUCACAGAGUACUUCAGUGUCCUCGUCAACAUGGAACUCUCCCUGCAUUCAAUGGAGGUUGUCAAUCGUCUGACAAAUUCCGUGGAUCUCCCUUCGGAAUUUGUUCAUCUCUACAUCAGCAAUUGCAUCUCGACGUGCGAAACCAUCAAAGACAAGUACAUGCAGAGUCGCCUUGUUCGCCUGGUGUGUGUUUUCCUCCAGAGUCUCAUCCGCAAUAAGAUAAUCAACGUGAAGGAGCUCUCGUUGGAAGUUGAGGCAUUUUGUGUGGAAUUCGGACGAAUCCGUGAAGCAGCCGGGCUCUUCAGGCUUCUCAAACAAAUGGAGAUCUGCGAUACUCAAGCCUUGCGUUCCUCCCCACCCCAUCCGUCCUCACCCAAGGAAUAACAAAACCCCUACUGAGUCACAAAA